GCUCUUACUGUCGCACUGAGGGCGCAAAGCUAAUAUAAGCUAAACUGCGCAAUUUCACGUCUGGCACCGAUGAGCAUGAAGAGUAUCAUCUGGAAAAUCUAGAAGCAUCUUUUUGAAGCUGUAAACUGAUGAAUACAUUAUCCCAGCUGAUUGACCUGUGGAUAAACAGUAAACACUGACAGACAGUAAUGGCAGACUCUUCGCCGUUAUCGGGGGUAAAUGUUGUCUUGGUCAUGGCUUAUGGCAGCUUGGUGUUCGUGCUGCUGUUUAUCUUCGUCAAAAGACAAAUUAUGCGUUUUGCAAUGAGAUCCCGCCGGGGACCCCACGCACCUAUUGGCCACAAUGCACCAAAGGGUUUGAGGGAAGAGAUCGACUCCAGGCUGUCCAAAGUCCAGGAGAUCCGUUUUGAACCUCGUCUCCUAGCAGAAGAAGAUGACAGGCUGAAGCGGCAAUCACAAAUCAGUUGCUACAACUAUCUGUACAGAAUGAAAGCUCUGGAUGCCAUCCGUGACUCAGGAAUUCCUCUGCAGGAGAUAAGUCGCAGUCCCAGUGCGUUUACUGGACGCAACUUCAGGAGCUGGCUGCUGGAGCUGCGUAACUCCCACUCCCUGAUCAAGAGCAGCCGCAGCGCGCUCAUUGACCGUUUGCUGGAAGGUUACGACAACGCCCGCCACGGGACCGGGGUGUUUGGGGAAGCUGAGUUUCUUGAAUACCAACAAGCUCUCAAUGAACUGGCUGACGUGGUAAAGGCCUAUUCCAGCUCCACCAGCCUGGACCAGCAUCACCAGUCUGCUGCCAAGGACCUGACUGGUUCUCCCGUCCGGAGCACCCCCUCCACCAUCCAGGUCACCUACCUGCCCUCCACCGGCCAGCGCAGCAAGAGGCCCAAACACUUUCUGGAGCUCAAAAGUUUCAAAGACAACUACAACACACUGGAGAGCACUUUGUGAAACACGGACUGACCAGGCGCUGGUGUGGUGAGCAUGUAGCGUCAUGAUCACACAGUCUGCUGGGAAACAGGAAGUUCUAACUUUGUGUUCAAGUUAAGCUUUAAACCAGCAAAUUCAUUUUGGGACAACAACUUCUUACACUAAGUUCAGAUGGAGAUUAUUUUUUGUUUUCUCUUUUUUACAGUGAAGUGUUACACUGAGGCCUGUGGUCUUAUUUUGGACCUAAUCAGUAACUUUCAGAAGACAAAUAUGAUUGUUCUCACCCUGGCAAAGAUAUGUUAUUUUUGUAAUAACAGCAAAGUUGAUUGCACCUGGAUUCAUUUUUCCCUCAUUGGUUCAAAUGUAAAUAUUGUAACUGUGAAUAUGUGUUUGUACAGAUGUAACAUAUUUAUAUGGGUAGUUCUAAUUUAUAUAAUUGAUUCUUGUUGAUUUGGAUUUAUGUGAAGGUUGUAUAUUUGUGGUUUGAGAUUAAAAAAAAAAAAGCUUUCUUUUCUUCA